CUGUGUUUGAUUCAAUGGAAAGAUAUAAGCGGUGCAUUUCUGAUAGUGUUUUGCUUUUGGGUGCCGGUUGCAGGUCUGUGAAUGGAUGAGAAAGAAGGGAAUUUAUAAAUUCUCAUCUAGUGACUAUGUUGUCCACUUCAGCUUGAUAUUUAAGGUUCGUGGAAGUUGUGCUGCGGAGCGCUAUGCCAAGAACUUGCCAAAACAAGCUAGAAAUGACAAGACAUACGGAGAAGUCAUUGGUUGUUAUGUGCAUGAACACAGUCAAAGAGCAGGCAUAUGGUUAAGUCCUUUAUUGCAUCUUCAAAGGAUGAAAGAGUUGGGUUUUGCAUUGUCACCUCGCCCCUUCAAUGAAAUCAUGCGCAUUCAGGGCAAACCUAAGGAGGUCCUUGAGGGGUGGGCGGAGAUGAAGAAGAGCGGGGUUUCACCCGAUAAUGAUAGUUACAGAAUCCGCAUUAGUUCAUUUGGGUUAAACUAUGAUGUGGAUGGGAUGGAGAGAAUGCUGAGAGAAAUGGAGAGUCAACCCCACAUUGUCAUGGACUGGUGUACUUACGCCGUGGUAGCCGAGUUCUAUGAUAGAGAAUUCCUUGUAGAUAAGGCCACCAAUGCUCUUGAAAAGGCUAGGGUGAUAUUACAAAAGGAGGAGGACAUUAGAAGAAGAAGAAGAAGAAGCCCCAAUUAUCUGCUUUAUACUGAUGAUUAUGAGAAUGUGAUAAAGUCACUGUUGAAGCUUGGUGAGUUUGAUGAGGCCAUGAAGUUUGUCAAGAAGUGGGAAGGAAUAAGUAAUAAUUGUAUGGACCCUGUGGAUCCUAUUAGCAUUCCCUACACAAUCAUUGAGGAGUACAUCAAAAGUGGUAAAUUUCGAGAGGCAUUUAAUAAAAUUCAGGCAUGGUCUAGAAUAGGAGGGGAAAAGGUUGAUGUCGACAAACUCUCACGUUUACUUUGUAAAGAAUACCUUAGAGUUGGUGAUGUGUUUCAAGCAUUUAAAUGCUUUUGGUGGGGGGUAACUCGCCAUGCUUCCCAACAAGUUCACCCGAUCCUGCCGACGUUGUUUUUCAAAUACUUGGAAGAGUGUGGAGCGUUCUUUCCCUUGCGCUGCACCGGCGGUACAACAUGACAACUCAACUCAACCCUUACAUAUGGAUUAUGAGAAUAUUAUCAAGACACUAGUCGAGUUGGGGGAGUUAAAUGAGGCUAGGAAGAUGGUGACAGAGUGGGAAGACGCAUCAGACAACCGGCGCAGUAGUAGUUGCGACAAUCUGAACAUUCCUAAGUUGAUCAUCGAGGGAUACUGUAAAAAAGGUUUGUUUUUGAA